AUGUCUGAAUUAGAAAAGGAAAAAUAUGAAUUCAUAAAAAACUCUUUUGAAGAAAAAGAAGCUGGGAAAGGCGAAACCUCUGAGGCUUUUGAGAUAAGUAAGCAAUUGCUAGAUAUUCAAAAGAAGCGGCAAGAGCAAGAAGUAGCUAAUGAAGAAUUAACCAGAAAAGCCAAAGAACAAAUCAGGGAACUCGAGAUUAUGCGCAAAAUGGAGCGACUCCUUUUGUGCAGUGGGAACGUACCCAAGAUUUUACUUUCUAUCUUAAUUUGGAAAAUGUGGACAAUAUAG